CGAGUGGUUUUGGAAAUGUGCUUUUAACACAGAGCAACCAGUGUUGUGCUGAAGUGUAAUAUUUGAAGCUUACAAGCAUGAAUGUCAUCUUCAAGGAGGGACUGCUGUACCUGCAGGGAGUCAAGUUUGGAAAAAGAACAUGGCGGAAAAUAUGGAUGGUGCUCUACAAACCCAGUUCCACAGGGGUCGGCCGGUUGGAGCUUUAUACUGUAUUUGACAAAAACAAUGUUGCUGACCAGAAGAGGUCCGGUUGGCAGAAGAGGCCAGACGGGAAAUCUGUGCGUCUUCGCGACUGCCUCAGUGUCACCCCUGCUCCAGACGAGUCUUGCCCCAAAGGGUGCACGGCCUUCUACUUGAACACCACACAGUGCACCUACACCCUGGCCUCUACCACAAGCCAGGACUGGCUGAGUGCCCUCUGUCUUCUGGCCUUCCAGAAGGAUCCAGAAGAAUCAGACAAAGGGGAUUUGGAGAGAGGAAAUGGCCUCACCAUGGAGAACAAUGACCUUUACUCAUCAUGGAAAACCAAUCCGACCCAUCCACCGAACCAGUACCAAGUGACUAUCCAGAGCACAGAAGCAUCCCAGAGGUGCAGACUGGCCGGAGAGUAUCUGCUCUCCCCAGGAGAAGAAGCUGUGACUCUGCUCGCCUGCAACACCGGUCACGUCAUCUACCGCUGGCCGUACAGACUCUUACGCAAAUUUGGUCAAACUGAGGGUGGAUUCAGCAUUGAAGCCGGACGUCGCUGUCAGUCAGGAGAAGGCAUGUUCAUCUUCCUUUCCCCUUAUGGACCUGAGAUCUUUCAGGUCUUAAUGGGGCAGUGCUCUGCGGGGAGGACUUCCUCCGCUGAGGCGUUCAGCAUCAGCAAAAGAUGGUCAUGUGACCAGUCCCCUUGUACCUUCCCACCUACACCCGCUGAUCCUCCAGUCUACAAUCCAUCAGACUCUGCCAUCCACUACUCUUCCAUUAAUGACACCUCUGGGCUAAAUCUGGUCAAACAUCAUCCGUCUAACAGCAAGGAGGAUGUUGGAGAUGUAGGUGAGGAUGAGCAGCAUUACUCCCUGGGCUCUGUAAGCCUGGAUGUUGACCUGGACGACAACAUUUACUCCAACUGGAGGAGAUCCACUCCUCCUCUGAUCAGAGAGGAUCCUGUGACAGAUGACUCGGAGUGCGUCUACUCGUACACGAAAGAAGAUGAUUCUCCCUCAAACUCCCAGCUGCAGCCUUUCUCCUCACCGCUCCACCAACCUGUUCUCAAGCCUCGUCCCUGCACCCUUCCCCUGCCUGAUCUCUCCACCCUCCACGUCAAUCCCAGAUACCAGCGUCAGCCCGCUGUGAGUAUUGUCAACCAGGCAGGGUUCAAUACUCAGGCACAUGAGGCGGACGGCAUGAAGGAGACGGAGGAGGCCAUAAGCUCCCCCGCCCAUGUCACCCCCUCAGAGACCCCUGGCAGUUUUAAACACAAACUGGCAGGACUCUUUGCUAAGGAGCUGGCAAAGAUCCAGCCACCUCUUCCCUCCGGAGUGGGCAGCCCCUCAUUUUCUCACUAGGCUAUUAUUUACCAGGCAGACGAGGAGGAGCAAUUUUA